CCCAUCAUCCCUCGCCCGGAUCCCCUCACCUGCCAGCCCAGACAGCAUCAAUCACAAAGGAACGCACACACGCCACGACUACUGCGACAUCUACAGUUUAUCGUUUGCGCCUGUGAGAGAGCAGAACCGCCCGCCAUGAUUUCGGCAAUAUUCUUCGCCUUUUGGCGCAUCCUGGAGAUUAUCACUCUGAUCAUCAUCAUCGGCCUCCUCUCGUGGUUUGUCGACGGCUACGUCAAGGCCAACGCGCUCACGCCCAACUUCAUCCUCAUCCUCUUCAUCGUGUCGGUACUGGCGUGCGCGUGGGCCUUCUUCACGCUCUUCAGCUACCACCGCAGCAGCACAAACGCGCAGUUCGUCGGGGUCGUGGACCUGCUCUUCGUCGGCGCCUUCAUCGCAGCCGUCUACUUCCUCGGCUUCAUCGCGCGCGCCGACUGCACCCAGAUCACGCGCGGCGAGUACUACUCGUAUGGCCUCGGCAGCUUCGUGCAGGUGUCGGGCCAGGGCAUCAGCGUCAGCACCGACCGCCCGUGCGCCAUGCUCAAGGCCGCCUUCGCCUUUGGCAUCAUGAACUGCAUCUUCUUCUUUGUGACGUCGAUGCUGGCCUUCCUCCACGGCGGCCGCAUGAGCAGCAAGGAGGACAAGUACUACCACUCGAGCCGCCACUCGCACCGCCGCGGUAGCAGCCGCCACAGCCGUCACAGCAGGCGGUCGUCGCACUCGCACUCGCGCACCUACGUCUAAUUCCUCUAUUGCGCAAGCCCGCAUUGGCUGCCCACGUCCCGUGUCCGCCAUUCCCGUCGCCCGCUGAUGACAGGUCCGCUGGGCGGGUCUGUCGUGUGCGUGCUCUCACCGGCACCCUGCGACGACCAAUUUCGUCGCACUGCUCUCAUUCCACAGCCACUACCAAUCGUGGUAUUUUUGUGUUGGAUGCGACCUUGAUUAAAAGUCCUUGUUAUUUGGGAGGGUACUGAUUGCUAUCAUCUGUUUCACGAGUUCAACGAAUUGAUGUUUUUAUUGAUUUUGGGUCCGCUUUAUGAUGUAAUUUAUGCGAGAUUUUUAUUAUCACACCGCAAUUAUGCAUUCUACCACCUACCUGCUGCUUACUUCCGUGACCUCAUCCGACUUGGACACUAUACGACGACGUGUAUAUACAAGGAAUGUAGGGCUGUGGUGCUCAGAUGCCAAUCGUCGUAUAUAUGAAUUACAGAUAAACCGGCGCGUAGACAUUCAAAAC